AUGACAAAAUAUUUAUCAUUAUGUAUUUAUUCUUAUGUUUUCCAUUUUCUUCCAACACUAGAUGAUGGGUGUAACGGACCAAAUAUUAUGUCUGGUGGAUCUAUAUCACCACUUUCAUCAUCUACUGUGUCAGGAAACUUUUCUGAAUCAACUAUUCCAUCAAAUAGUAGAAUAAUGAGUCCAAAUCCUAUGUCAAUGGCAAUUGGUAGCAGUGUGGGUGGUAGUCAACUGUCUCAGUCAGCAGCAUUACCAUCACAAGUCCCAGAAGAACGUCGACGUUGGAAGAAAGAGGAAUUAUUAGAACAAGCCAUGAUGGCUAGAUUACCAUUUGCACAAUGGAAUGGUCCUACAGUAGUAGCAUGGCUUGAGCUUUGGGUUAGUAUGCCAGCGUGGUAUGUAGCUGCAUGUAGAGCAAAUGUUAAAUCUGGUGCAAUCAUGGCCUCAUUAUCUGAACAAGAAAUACAACGUGAAAUUGGUAUUAGCAAUCCAUUACAUCGACUGAAACUACGUUUAGCUAUACAAGAAAUGGUUGCAUUAACUUCACCUACACCAGUACCUAAACCUAGUACAAGCCGCCUUGCUUUUGGUGAUAUGAAUCAUGAAUGGGUCGGUAAUGUAUGGCUACCUAGUCUUGGUUUAGCACAAUAUCGUCCAGCAUUUAUGGAAUGUUUAGUCGAUUCACGAAUGCUUGAUCAUUUGACUAAACGUGAUUUAAGAACACAUUUAAAAAUGGUUGAUAAUUUACAUAGAACUAGUUUAUUAUAUGGUAUUGUUUGUUUGAAACGAUUAAACUAUGAUCGAUUGGAAUUAGAACGUAGACAACGUGAAGCUGCUCAUCCUGAUAGUAUCGACUUGUUAGUUUGGUCAUGUGAACGUGUUCAAGGUUGGUUAGAUGAAAUUGGUCUUAAAGAAUAUGCACCAAAUUUAAAUGGAUCUGGUGUACAUGGUGGUGUUAUCGGUCUACAUCCAGAUUUAAAUGCUCAACAGUUGGCGUUAACAUUACAAAUACCUACAUCGAAUACAUCAGCUCGUGCUAUAUUAGCUAAAGAAUUAACUCAACUUGUACAACGUUUUCGUGCUAAUGUACCAAUUGCAGCGGCUAGUAUUGGACCAGCUCCAAGAGUUCUAGCAAUGGAAGCAGCUGCUGUUGUUGCAGCGAAUAGAGCUCGUGCAAAAUUUGAAGGACAAGAUAUUUGUUAUCCGGAUGAUGGAUUUAAUGAAACAGCUAUUACAAACGAUUUUGAUGGAAUAGAACAAUUAGAAGAUAGAGCUACACCGACAAAUAGUUCUGAAGGAAAUCUUACCGAUACACAACGUACUCAAUUAGAAUUAUCUAAUUCUAAAUUAGAUAAAGUUGGUACUGGCGCUACAAAGACAACUGAAUUAUUGCCAUCAUCAUCUGAUCACAGGUUAGAUAGUACGAUUUCUGAUAACAACACCAGCACUACUGGUCCAAAUGUCAAUAAUACAAUUUCGCAUAGUAGUAAUAAUAAUUCCGCUGUUGGACCUCUUCCUACUUUAAUACCACCGAAAAAACGAGCUCCUCAGGUACCUUCUACUACUACCACUACUACUACUAACACAACAACUCCAACUAGUGUUACAACUUCAGUCACAAGUAAAACACCAACAACAACAUCUUGAACAAUCUUCAAUAUCAUUCAUUCAUUUAUUUAUAUUACUUACAAAUUUACUUUUUUUUUUGCACUAUUUACAAUACACUAGGUGAAAAGCACGUUUACUUACUUUGAAUGUUCAAUGAAUGACGAAAUGUAUUUUCUUUUUUUUUUUAAAAAAAACAACGAACUAUUUUCAAAUCCUUCUUACUAUGAUGAUCAUUAUUGUUGUUUACAACAGAAUAGGAUUAUUUCAGAUAGACAAAAAUAAUUUAACUGGAUACAGCGUUUAUAUAUAAAUAAUGAUGAAUCAAUCAAUUUGAUGAUAUAAUCAAUGUAA